AUGAUAAUCCGGUCCUUUUGUCGUCGCGCCCUCGCCUCGUCAUUCGCCCUACUCCUUCUCCUCAACCCGCAGCCUGCCUGCGCCAAAAAAGAUGGCCCGACCAUCACCUCUACAAAGUUCGAUGAUCCCCUAGAAAGCCUCUUCUACUUUGAUGAUUCCAACGUCAUCCUCGGCCAUAAUAAAGAGACAAGCUCAGUCUGGCGCAGUCUCGAUGCCGGUGAGACCUGGCAGGAAGUUAAUGAUUCCGGCCAGUCAGGUAGUGCCUGGGAUCUCUGGCCGCACCCGUGGGAUCCUGCCCGCGCAUACAUUCUCGGCCUAGGCCACGACCAUUGGAUCACUACAGACCGCGGAGAGACAUGGAGGAAGUUCAACUCAGGUGCAGGCCUCGCCCUGUUCCGCAAUAACCCGUUAAGCUUCCAUGGUCGAGAUGCCAAACGAGUCAUCUGGAAUGGCGAGGAAUGCGUGGGUUUGGCAUGCACCGAGCUUGCUAUCUAUACCGACGACGACUUCAAAACCGUCAACCGAAUAGGCAGCCAGACCAGAGGAUGUCAGUGGGCUGUGAGCACUCCCAGCUUCGCCGAGGACAUCGCUGCCGAGGUCGACGACCGAAUCUUCUGUAUCGUCGAAGGCCUUUAUUCUCCCUGGCCCAAGGACAACCGGCUACUGGUUUCUGAUGAUUAUUUCAAGUCAAAAGGCAUCGAGCCACAAUUGGACGGCGGCCGCGCCGUCACUGGCAUCAUCAGCAUGGCUUCGGUCAAAGGGUUCGUGGUUGCUGCCUCAAAGUCCGAGGGCACUGAUGAGCUGGCCUUGUAUGUCACCAAAGACGCAUCGGAAUGGCACCGAGCCGAAUUUGGUCAGCAUCGUAUUGAUGAGGAUGCAUACACCAUUUUGGAAAGCACAAACUAUAGUAUGCAGGUCGAUGUCCUCGGUUCCCGGCCCUCCAACCCCAUGGGCUACCUCUUCACUUCGAAUUCCAACGGUACAUACUUCACCCGAAACAUUGAUCAUACAAACAGAAAUAUCUAUGGACGGGUGGAUUUUGAAAAAGUUCAAACAAUUCAAGGUAUCGUGCUUGUCAACACCGUGGAUAACUAUAAGGAGGUCGAGGCUUCCAUCGUUGCAGAGAAAAAGAUCAAGUCCCAGAUCAGUUUCGACGACGGUAGAACAUUCCAGCUUCUCAAGGCCGGAAAGGAAAACCUACACCUCCAUUCUGUAACUGAUGCUCGACAAGGUGGAAGGAUGUUUUCCAGCCCAGCCCCUGGUAUUGUCAUGGGCGUGGGAAACACAGGAAAAUAUCUCAAACCUUACGAGGAUGGCGACUUAUACGUCUCGGAUGAUGCCGGCGUCACCUGGUACGAAGGGCUGGACGGAGCUCAUCUUUAUGAAUUCGGCAAUCAAGGUGCUGUGAUUGUGGCUGUCUACGAUGAAGACACUACCAGUCAUCUCAUGUAUUCGAUUGAUCACGGGAAGAGCUGGAAGAAAGCUGACCUGGAUACAAAGAUCCGCGCCAAGUUUAUCACAACCGUCCCGGACUCUACCACACUCAAGUUUCUUUUGAUGGGCACUCAUGGGUCUGGCUCCAAGACGGAGUGGCACAUCUUUAAGAUCGACUUCGAAGGCCUACAUGAGCGUGCUUGUAAGGACAAGGACUUUGAGCGGUGGCCUGCUCGUGUCGAUGAAGGCGGCAAACCUACCUGUGUCAUGGGACACAAGCAGUUUUUCACCAGGCGCAAAGCCGACGCCGACUGUUUCAUUGACGAGGAAUUCAAGGACCCCGUGCCUGAAUUUGAACCUUGCGUGUGCUCAAUCGCCGAUUUUGAGUGCGACUACAACUUUGUCCGAGAUCCCGAUGACCUCACGAAAUGUAAUCCAGCAUCGACCAUUCCCAUCCCCAAGGGAGAAUGCAAGGAUGGAAAAGGUACUUUCCGAGGCCCGUCUGGCUGGCGCUUGAUACCUGGCAAUGGAUGCACUCGUAAAGGUGGUGAAGAGCUGGACAAAGAUAUCGAUCGCCCAUGCACGGACGCGGUACUCAAGCCCAUCUCUGGAGACAUAACCGUCGAGAAGACAUACUUCGAUGCUCAACGGUUCUCCGAAUGGUAUUAUCUCGAAAGAGCUGACACAUCAAUUGGAACCGAUGAAACCAUUGUCAUGCGUACAAGUGAGCAGGACAUUUUCUUAUCCAGUGAUCAUGGCAAGACCUGGAAUCCUAUUCUGAAAAAUGAACCCAUCACUGCUAUUGCUCCGAACCCACAUCAGCAUGAUGUUGUCUUCUUCCUGACGGGUUCCAGAACCGUCCACUACACCAUUGAUCGUGGAGUUCGGUUCGACAUGUUUGAAGCACCUGAGAGACCCAGCAAUCUGAGACUGCCGACGCUGAAGUUCCAUCCAGAUUACAAAGACUGGCUGCUCUGGUCUGGGGCCGUAGGAAAAGAUGACCAUACCAAUGUCUUCUACUCAAAGGAUCGAGGUGACAAUUGGCAAACUCUUGUGAGAUAUGCUCGCAAGUGCGAGUUUAUCACAAGAGAAGGUCGAACCAAUGCGGAACAACUCAUCUACUGUGAACAGUAUGAGGACGAAAACCCAGACAAGAGUUUGAGACUGUUGUCCAGUGAAAACUUCUUUGGUGAUUCGAACGUACACUUCCCCGACAUUUUGGAUUUUGCCACGAUGUCGGAAUUUAUUAUUGUGGCAGCCAAAGCGGACGAUAAGCAAGGUUUGAAGGUCGACGCUAGUGUCGAUGGGAGAACAUUUGCCUCAGCACAAUUUCCGAAGAACUUCCAAGUCGCACAUCAGCAAGCAUAUACCGUGCUUGAUAGCUCCACGCACGCAGUCUUCCUCCAUGUCACGGUUAGUACGGCACCAGAUCGCGAAUAUGGCACGAUUAUCAAAUCUAACAGCAAUGGGACCUCGUAUGUUCUUACGAUCAACGCAGUCAAUCGUGACACAGAAGGCUAUGUCGACUUUGAGAAGAUGCAAGGGCUUGAAGGCGUUGCCAUGGUCAAUGUUGUCUCCAACAUCGGCGAAACCAACGAUGGUGAGAAGAAGAAGCUGAAAUCUAUGAUUACCCACAAUGAUGGAGCAGAAUGGGCCUUGCUGCCACCACCCAAGAAAGAUGCUUUGGGGAAUGACUAUAAAUGUGUUGGUGAAGCCGGUAAAGCCACUGAAAAAUGUUCGUUGCACAUCCACAGUUAUACCGAGCGAGCCGAUAAGUCAGCUACAUUCUCCAGUCCAAGUGCCGUCGGUUUGAUGAUGGCCGUUGGCAAUGUUGGUGACCAUCUACUGCGGAAGGAUGAUGCUGCAACGGACACAUUUAUCACUCGUGAUGCUGGGAUCACUUGGAAAUCAGUAAAGAAGGGCAGCUACAUCUGGGAAUAUGGUGAUCAAGGCAGCAUUAUCGUUAUACUUGAAGAGUCCAAGCCUACCAAAGUCUUGUAUUAUUCUCUCGACGAAGGAGAUACAUGGAAGGAAUUCGAGUUUUCUUCCAAUGUCGAAAUGCAAAUCGACGCCAUCACCACGUUACCAUCGGACAAUUCAAGAAACUUCCUUCUUUGGGGUCGUGAAAUUGGGACUGGUGCCAAGCGUGGCAUUACCACCGUCAACGUCGACUUUAGCGGUCUCAAGGAACGACAACGGCAAUGCGAGCUGGAUGAGGCCAACCCAGUCAACGGUGAUUAUACCCUCUGGGAGCCGAAGCACCCGAUGCAAGACUCCAAUUGCCUGUUUGGCCAUGUAGCACAAUAUCACCGCAAGAGGACCGAUGCCGACUGCUACAACGGCAAGAUCAUUGACCAUCUGCACAGCAUCGCUGAAAACUGUUCCUGCACUCGACAAGAUUUUGAGUGCGAUUACAAUUACGAGCUUAACGCUGACGGAAGUUGUCAACUUGUGCCUGGCAUGGAGCCACCCGACCACGUACAAAAUUGUCGAGACAACCCUAAACAGAUCGAAUUCUACUAUCCAACAGGAUAUCGACGCAUUCCACUGACGACAUGCUCAGGUGGGCGAGAGCUAGACAAGCUCGAAAGCCGACCCUGCCCAGGCCACGAAGACGAGUAUCAAGAAAAGCAUGGCAUCGGCGGAGCGGCGCUAUUCUUCGCGAUUUUCAUCCCUCUGGCUGCGGCCGCUGGCGUCGGCUACUGGGUCUUCACGAAAUGGCAGCAACAAGGAUUUGGCAACUUCGGCCAGAUCCGUCUGGGUGAGAGUAUUGGCGGAGCAUCUCAAGGCUCAGGAGAUCCACUCUGGAUAGCCAUCCCCGUCGCCAUUAUCAGUGGCAUCGUGGCCGUCGCAAAAGCUACUCCUCUGCUCGUCAUGAGCCUCUGGCGCAGCGCGCGAGGAUACAUGCCCGUUGGGUCUGGCGGUGGUGGCUCUGGCGGCAGAUUCGGAGUCGGCGGCAGGGGCGCGGGCGCUGGCGGCUACGGCGCGCCAUAUCGGUCCAGAGAUGCCUUUGCAAGUCGCACUCAGGAUUACUCUCAAGUCGUCGAGGACGAUGAGUUGCUUGGUGACGGAUUUGACGAUGAAGAGGAAGUUUAA